GAUCUCAGUCACAUUUUCGAUCAUUCAAAUGUUGCUUUGGGUUCUUGGUUUAUGCCUUUGCCAUGCAGGUUUGCUGUCUGCAUAUAAUAACAGAAAUCUACCAAAGAUCUAUUCCAAAGUAUUAAGGCCAAUGGGGUUACCUGAUAUCAAGAUCAUUUCAAUUUCAAAAGUAUGGGAUGAGCAAAAAUUGGCCACAACAUACACUGCAAAAUUUGAAGCACCUAACAAUGUAACAUUUGAGGCGGGCGAGUACACUAUAAGUGUAGUAAAAGAAAACAGUGGAAAUGUAUUUGCAGUUAGUGUAGAAGUGCCGAAAAAAAGAAAACUAUUGAACCCAAGAAUUACUGCGCGGUCGGCGACUGAAAACAUGACCGUUUCCAUUAAAACGUCAACGAAGAAGAACAUUCAGACAAAUUUUUAUUUAACCAGUUGUCAGUAUCAAAUACUACAGAAUAUAACACAGACAUCUCUCUCACAUGUUAAAACGUAUCAAGCAAUAGUAACUGACUGUGCACGUGGGGCUUACGAAAUACACGAUUAUUUUAGGAUCGUUGUUAAUGGUUUAGAUUCCAUUCCCGACGGAACACAUCCGAUGGAUAUUGACAAACAGUACACUGAUAAGUAUUUCAACGAAACAACGAAGUACAGCAGAUACGAUGAAAAUUACGAAACUGUGGUCACAUCUUCCAUCAAUUUUUCGACAAUGAAUGCUGAUAGCGUAGAACUAGCAGAAUUUUACUUUCAUAUUCUUGCCAUAACUCAUAAUCAGAACGACCUUGUCGGUAAUAUACUGCUACAAUGGGGAAAAGACUUACAAACAGAUACAUAAAAAUAUAAUAAUUAAAUCCUGCCUUAAUUAUUAGUUUUCUAAAAGACCAUUCGAUUAUUUUGAUAUAUUUUAUGUUUUUAGAAAUAAAGAGAUGUAGUACGAUUGCAAAUGAAACAAAUUUGCACCAAUGAAAAAAUGACAUGGAUGGGAGAAACUACAAAUAUUUGGAUAUUUUUGGGGUAUAUUUUCAUUGUCUGUUUGUUAAUCCAUCAAUCCUUGAAUUUCAAAACUGAAAAACAAAAUGAAGCUGAAUAUAAUGACAGAUCAAUUAUCAACGAAAUAUAAAUUUGUGUUAUAUGCUACAAACAUAUUCUUUGUAACCCUACUCUGUAUUAUCUUUCUAGAAGUUUGCAGGAUGGGGAUAUUUAGGCUAAUUGUGUUAUUGUACAUUUAUUAAAUAUAGGCUGAAAAAAUGCCGACUGCAUAGUAAUUCGGAAAGAUUCUUUUGAAAUAAAAUCGUACAUUUCUUUG